AUGCUCACGGGAGAUGGUGCAUAUACUUCCUCAUUAGAUGAAGUGGCCUAUGAACUCAUUCAUUUCUACAAUGAGUUGUUGGGGAAAAAUAGUGCGAGGAAGGCCGUUGAGCAUGAUAUCUUUAAGAGUGGUCCCAUGUUAACGGAAGAGCAAGCUAUGACACUAGUUUGGGAUGUUCUAGAGAAAGAGGUCAAAAAUGCAUUAUUUGGCAUUGGGGCAAAAAAUAUUGGGACAUUGUUGGUCAUGAGUUCAUUGGAGCAGUCAAAGAAUUCUAUAAUUCGAAGGCCGAUUGCAUGUUGUGGUGUGUUCUACAAGGUUAUUACAAAGAUUUUUGCUUCUCAAUUGGGAACAAUUCUUGGGAUGAUCAUAUAUCAAGCACAGACCACAUUUGUGGAAAGUAGAACCAUGACGGAGAAUAUUCAUCUUACACAAAAGCUCUUGAGACAAUAUAAUUGUAAAAGGGUUGCCCGUAUAUGCUUACUCAAAAUUGAUCUAAGGAAAGUAUAUGAUUCGAGAGACAAGAAUGUUGUGGAACUUCAACCAGAGUGGUCUCUUAUGGUUCGAGCCCUUAGUGAGAAAGAGAUGGUUAUAGGCCAAUUGAACGAGGGUGUGAGCGCAUUUGGCUUCAAACCUUACUAA